UGUGCUUUACACUGAACGGAGAUUUCACGUUCUUGUUGAACGUUUGCUUCGAAGGAGGAGUUGGUGAGUGAGUUGAGAGUUUGGCGGGGAGAGAAAGACAAAGUUCCAGUUUCACCUGUGAUACAAGAGGAGAAAGCGUCUUCACGUCAUAGCAAAGCAUUGUGCUGUUAAAAUCAAAAUGAGGUACCUGGUGUUACUGGGUCUGUAUGCACUGGGGAGCCUGUGCAGCCGUACAGGUGCGCUAUCCCAGACUCUGUCCUACGGCGAACGUGGCUCAGAUUUUGGAAUACAGGUGUUUCAGCAAGUAGCCCACUCUAAGCCCCUGGAGAAUGUUGUCCUUUCACCCCAUGGAGUCGCCUCUGUGCUUGGCAUGCUGCUGCCAGGAGGUCAUGGGGGAACCCGCAAGCAGAUCCUCAGUGCUCUCCGUUACAAAAGAAACGGACCGUACAGGAUGUUGAGGAAACUACACAAAACCUUGACAGCCAAGUCCAACCAGGAUGUUGUUCUCAUUGCCAACGGCAUGUUCAGCCAGGAAGGCUUCCCCAUGGGGAGAGGCUUUGUUGAGGCCAACAAAGCUAACUUCCAGGCCGAGAGCAAGACCAUGGACUUCAGCGACCCCCAGGGGGCAGCAGAUAAGAUCAAUGCCUGGGUCAGCAAUAAAACCAAAGGUCAUGUCACCGGACUAGUCAGAGCUGACAUGCUGGAUGCUGCCCUGGCACGAUUGGUCAUUGUCAACGCCAUCUACUUCAAAGGCUUAUGGAAGUCCCGUUUCCAGCCCGAGGACACCAAGAUGAGGCCCUUCACUGACGGCGAUGGCAAUGUGUUCAAAGUUCCUAUGAUGUCUCAGCUAUCAGUCUUCAACAUCAGCACGGCCGCCACACCACAGGGAGUGAAUUAUAAGGUGAUCGAAUUGCCCUACCACGGCAACGCAGUCAGCAUGCUCGUUGUUCUGCCCGCCGAGGAGGACACGCCCCUGUCCCGCAUCAUCCCACACAUUAGCACCGCCACAGUGCAGAGUUGGAGCAAAGUCAUGCACACGAGGAAAGUGCGUCUACUCAUCCCCAAGUUCACUGCUGAUGCUGAGGUAGAUUUGAAGGCCCCCCUGUCAGUGCUGGGUGUAACGGACAUGUUCAGUCAAGACAAAGCUGACUUCAGGCACCUGAGUUCCGAGCCUGUGUAUGUCUCCAAGGCCCUUCAGAAAGCCAAAAUAGUGGUGGAUGAAGAUGGAACAAAAGCAGCAGCUGCCACCACUGCAAUUUUGAUGGCUCGGUCCUCUCCUCCUUGGGUUUCAGUGGACAGACCUUUCGUCUUCCUCAUCCGCCACAACCCAACCGGUACCCUCCUCUUCAUGGGCCAAAUCAACCAGCCUUGAGCCCGCUGACCACACGUGGUGAAACGGGGCCAGCACAUGCAUGAACACACAAGUGCAUACACACUUUACUGUAGAUAGUAUUUGUUUUAUUGAUUUUUAUGUUGCUUUAAUGCAUAACAUAGCAAAAUUAGAGAUGUUUUUGCAAUUGUCCGGGUGUUUGUUUGUUUUUUUUUUUUUUGGGACAUCUGGAAUUAGUUUUUAAUGGACUUGGAAUGUUGUUUGUGCUUUUUAUUAACCCUGGAGUGAGAUACAUGAUUUAAUUGUCAUUUGAAUUUUGUUUUCAAUUUAUAUUCUUUCCAGUCGUACUUAAGUUAUGGCGAUGGUUAUAAUGACUUGGUUUGAGAGCAAUAAAUACAUAUUUAUGAGCUCAUCUAACCCAGCUGUUUUUGGUGAUUGCAGAAACAUUGGGAUCCAUCCACAUACUGUAUGUCGAUAUUCUCAUAUUCUCUCAUAUUCUAUACAUGGUUGUCAUCUCUAGACAAGCGCUAGAGUUUCAAACAUGGCCAUAGUUUAAACCUAACCAUAUUAUUGUUUAGUGUAAAUAUUUAAGGUUGUAUUUUUGACAGUUUAAUUAGUCCACCCGAUUAUACGAAAAUUAUUGUAUGAUUAGAUUUGAUGGCAAGCAUGGCAACAUGAAUGAAACACAAGACAAGGUAAGAAUACCAACAAAAUAAUACAAUUAUUCCCUUUUAUUACAGACAUACAUUAUAUACAACUGUUUAAGCA